AUGCGGCCCCCCACGGCUCGGGACCUGCCCCCAGGUAGGCGCGGGGUCGGGCGGGGUCCCGCGGGUGUCGGGUGGACCCUGGGGUGCCACCCGGAGACCUCGGUCCCGGCUCGGGGUGCCCCGCGGCGCUCGGGGUGCGGGUGCCCCGGGGUGAGUGGGGAGCCCCCGGUGCGCGGGGACCCCGGGGCCGCCCCGGGACGCACGGCCCGGCGUGGGGGCGCAGGCCCGGGGCGCCCCAGGUUGAGCCCCCCGCGACCCCCGGCGCGAGGGUGCCCCCCGACCCACGAGGUGCCUGCCGCCAGCCCAGCCCGAGGUGUGGCUGUCUCACGACCCACGGGGAAGCCGGUGCCACCCCGGGACCCCCAGCCCAGCGUGGCAGUGCCCCUGACACGUGGGUACUCGCUGCCAUCCCGGGCCCCCCGGGGCAGCGCGGGGGUGCCCCAGGAACCGCGGCACACCCUGCGCAGCACCGGCGCGCAUAGCCCGGCUUCUGGGCGCUCCACGAGCCACGGGGUACCCGGUGGCCCCCCAAGAUCCCCAGCCCGGAGUGUGGGCGGGCGCCCGGCGGCCCUGCUGCUGCUGGCGGCGCUGGUGUGGGUGCCCGGCGGGGCUCCCGCCUGCCCCGCGCUCUGCACCUGCUACGUCUCGCCGCCCACCGUCAGCUGCCAGGCCAACAACUUCUCCUCGGUGCCCGCGGGGCUCCCGCCCGGCGCCCGCCGCCUCUUCCUGCAGAACAACGUCAUCGGGGCGCUGCGGGCGGGCACCUUCGGGCCCAGCACCGUCACCCUCUGGCUCUACUCCAACAACAUCUCCUCCAUCCAGCCGGGCACCUUCCGCCACCUGCCCGCCCUGGAGGAGCUCGACCUGGGUGACAACCCGCACCUCCGCGUCCUGGCCCCCGACACCUUCCACGGCCUCCACCGCCUCCAGGCCCUGCACCUCUACCGGUGCCGGCUGGCCAACCUGCCCAGCGGCAUCUUCCGCGGCCUCCGCAGCCUCCAGUACCUCUACCUGCAGGAGAAUGGGCUGCUCUACCUCCAGGACGACCUCUUUGCCGACCUGGCCAACCUGAGCCACCUCUUCCUGCACGGCAACCGGCUGCGGGCGCUGUCGGAGGGCGUCUUCCGCGGGCUGUCGAGCCUGGACCGCCUGCUGCUGCACGCCAACCGGCUGGCGGCCAUCCACCGCCGCGCCUUCGGGGGGCUGGCGCGCCUCACCAUCCUCUACCUGUUCAACAACAGCCUGGUGGCCCUGCCCGGGGACCCGCUGGCCGCGCUGCCCUCGCUGCAGUUCCUGCGCCUCAACGCCAACCCCUGGGCCUGCGACUGCCGUGCGCGCCCGCUCUGGGCCUGGUUCCGCCGCACGCGCGUCUCCAGCUCCCCGGUGCCCUGCGCCAGCCCCCCGCACCGCCGCGGCACCGACCUGCGCCACCUGCGCCCCCGCGACUUCGACGCCUGCCCCGAGGAGGACGACGACGACGACGACCAGGAGAUGGAAGACGGCAACGGCGGCGGCGGCAACGGGGUGGCGGUGAUGGGCACCCCGGGGCGGGCGCUGGGUCGCCCCGGCACCCUCCCGGCCGCGCCGCCCUCCGCCUUCUACCGCGACGGGCUGCCCCCCCACGACCUGCGGGGACCCCAGCCCCGGCCGCCCCCCCCAUCCCGUGACUCCCCCAUGGCCGCCGCCGCGCCCCACCGGCCCCCCGCCCUCCUGCCCCUCCUGGCUCUGAUCCUGCCCCGACUCUGA